AUGGCACCCAACGAUACCCCACCAUCCAGCCCGGCCGGCGCGGUCGCUCAGAUCAAGCUCGAAAUCAAGCUCCCGGAUGGGGAGAUCAAGAAGGACACCCUGUAUCUGCACACCAACGACAACUUGCGCGUCGGCCGUGAUCACUCUCACAAUGACCUCGCCAUCGACGACCCCGUUGUGUCUCGCUUGCAGCUAGAGUUUUAUACCGUCAUCUUCGACGAGGAGCACUACCCCAUGGUCUACGUCAGAGACCGCGGCUCUACCUCCGGCACCUAUGUCAACGGCAAGCUCAUCGGCGGCCGCGAACAAGACGGCGAGAAGACAAAGGUCUACCCUGGAAGAAUACUCCUCCAUGAGGACGUGGUCAGCGUUGGAGAGAACGUGAAGUUCGAGAUCAUCCAUCCUUUCGUCGGAAAGCUCAGGCUCAAUCCAACCCAGAGAAUGGAAGCCCUACAAUUCCACGACAAGUACGCCGUCACAAACUUUGCGAUCGGAAGCGGGGCCUCCGCCCAAGUCUAUCUCGCCAUUGAGGAGGAGACGGGCGACUUUGUCGUCUGCAAGAUCUACAAUAUUGGGGACAUGCGAGAGAGAGGCCAGACAGGUUACAUCCAGCGGCUGGUGCAGGAGACACACGUGAGGAGCCAGAUUGAGCAUCCGAACCUGGCCUCCUUCCGAGCCGCCUACAAGAGCCGUUCGAACUUGUAUGUGUUCGAGGAUCUCGCCGCCGGUGGAGACUUGUUCACGCUUACUGAGCGCUGCCGCUCCCCUAUGAGCGAGAUCGAGGUGCGUUGGCUGAUCCGGCAAGUCGUGACCGGUGCGGGCUAUAUGCACGCAAAGGGCCUCGUCCACCGGGACCUGAAGCUCGAGAACAUCCUCUGCGCGACAACUCCCUCGGCUCACCACCGCGUCGUCAUCACGGACUUUGGCCACACCUGCAUGGUCGGCGACAGGAGCAUGACUGGCAUCUGCGGCACCUAUGGCUGGCAGGCACCGGAGAUCAUCAACCCAAGGAGCCACGCUGGCCCGCCAGCCGACAUGUGGAGCAUCGGAGUCCUCGCGAUCUACCUCCUCUGCGGCAGCGACAGGUGCAAAUCUAUCGACCUCCUCGAAAAGUUCGCAAUGAACUACGCGCUCACCCCCCAGCGCAAGGUGAACGAGCCGACCAAGGAGCUCGGCCGUGUCUUCGAGGAGGUCGCCUCCAUCCGCUCUGGCGUCGUCUCCAAGGCCGGCAAGGACUUCAUCCGCCGCUGCUUCCAGACCAAGCCGGAGAGGAGGAUUACCGCGAUCGCCGCCCUGAAGCACCCGUGGCUGUGCGAGCCCGAGGAGGACCUCGAGAUGUUCAAGUGCCUGGAGCAGACCACCGUGGACAACUGGAAGCCUCGCACUGUUACCCCCAGGGCCUGUGAGAACCUGGACGAGGUUGAGAUGCCUGCUGUGGACGGAGUCUCGGAGACCUUGAUUUCGCCUUUCUUUCCCUGCAAGCUUGUGGCCUAA